AUGUCCCGUGUUCGUUGCCAGUUACUUGGCGUGAGUGGUGCGGAGGAGUACCCGGCCACCGGCGGCCUUCGUGGCCAUAUGGUGGACCAGCCUUGUCCGCAGGGUGUAGGGAAGCUGGUGUUGUUUACACCCGUCCUCUCUCUUCCUCCUCCUCCUCCUCUCCUCGAGAUUCAGCCCAGAAGGCCUCACUGUCUUUUGUUGAGCCCGUUGCUUCCUUACAAAGAGCAUGCUGACCAACUAACAGAGGAGCAGAUUGCAGAGUUCAAGGAGGCCUUCUCCUUAUUCGACAAGGAUGGCGACGGCACCAUCACCACCAAAGAACUCGGCACUGUUAUGAGGUCGCUGGGACAGAACCCCACAGAGGCCGAGCUGCAAGACAUGAUCAAUGAGGUGGACGCUGACGGUAAUGGAACCAUUGACUUCCCUGAGUUUUUGACCAUGAUGGCAAGGAAAAUGAAGGACACAGACAGCGAGGAGGAGAUCCGCGAGGCUUUCCGAGUAUUUGACAAGGACGGAAACGGCUACAUCAGCGCCGCAGAGCUUCGUCACGUCAUGACGAACUUGGGCGAGAAGCUAACGGACGAGGAGGUGGACGAGAUGAUCAGAGAAGCAGACAUUGACGGAGACGGGCAGGUCAACUACGAAGAAUUUGUACAGAUGAUGACCGCCAAGUGA